GUUUAUCCUGUUACGUUAUACAAAAUAACGCCUAUCUGUAUCGUGUUGAUUAGGUGCUGUUGUAGCUUUCAAUUAAUCAUGUUUCCAUAAUGUAGAUAAGUUUUAGAGUUGGGAAGAGAUGAAUGUAAAUCAAAUUCAAAUUUUUAACUGAGCUGGUAUGGAAGGCCUGACUUUCAAUGAAGAUGAAGUAAUAAAUGUAGAUGAAUAUUGCAGUUCUUCUAGAUUUAAAACUCAAGUCCCAGAAGAUGUAAUUGCAAAAGCACAUAUUCCUACAUUUGAAGUUCAAGCCACUAAGCCUGCACCAGUGGUUUGUCAUUUCUUUUUCCCAUCAAAUGAAGAUGGGAUUGAUAGUCUGGAGAGAGAGGGAGAUCUGCAGGACCCACUGGCAUCAUCAGAUUAUCCCAUCUCCGACUGCCAAACAGAGCACAUCACUGUGGAUGAUGAGCUGCUCGCUUUGGAAAACCUACCAGCAACUGCUAAAACAUCAUUUUCUAUAAUUGAUCCAAUAAAUAUUGUUGGACCAAACAAUUAUAAAAUUAAAAUAGAACCUGAAAUUGAGAGACCAGACAUCAAGCCUCAAUCAGAACAGCAUUGAAGAAUUUGGUGAUAAAUAUUGGACCAAAGUUACCUCUACCUCAAUGUUUUCAAAUAAAGAAGGAAAUUAAAUCAACAUCAUCAGGAACAUCAUUGCAUCAAAUAAACAUUAGUAAGAGUGAGUGUGGGCCAGAUGAAGUUGGAAGUCAUAUGAAAGAACAUUUAGUUGUAAAAAUAUAUAGAUGCUCUAAGUGUAAUCAUAACUGUACCGAUUUAGCUCUUCACGAGUCUCACAUUGCGUCCUGCGAUGAGAAGUGUUUUAAAGAUGAUGUUCUAACAUCUGAAUUAAAAUUUUUUAAGAGAAAUGGAUUUUUUUUCUGUAAAAUUUGUUCGUACAAGUUUGAAUAUUUGACCAAUCUAAUUACUCAUGUAAAAAGACAUGCAGGAAGAGGAUUUUACUGUCAUAUUUGUAAAGACACCCUUCCAACUGUUGAUGAACUUCGUGAUCAUUAUAGUAAUUUGCACAAGGGCCUCACCAAAGUGUUGUCUUGUAAUGUUUGUAGUUAUUCAAGCAUGGUGUUCCAACAUCUCAAAGAUCAUAUGAUACAACACAAUGUUGACAAACAUCUGCAUUGUUCUAAAUGUAGGCGUAACUAUGAUGAUUCAGACAUAUAUAAUCAACAUGUCAUUGCAGUUCAUAGCAAUGCAGUAAAAAAGAAAUCAAAGGUAAAAAGGUUUGUUAGCACAAAGAAAGCUGGAGAGCCCAUUAACAUCUUGAAGAAUGCUGAUGCAGAAAACAUGAUACUUUUAAAAUCAAAUUUUAUGUCUGAAACUAGUCAACAUUCUGGUUCUUAUUGUUGUAAUGGGUGUGCUUAUAAAUUUGCAAAGUUUGAAAAUUUAAAUAAACACAAAAAGGAACAUCUUAAUGUAUCAAAACCAUAUGUAUGUACCUACUGCAAUCAUAAAUCAUUUUCAUUAACAGACAUGAAACAACAUUGCCGAAAUCACGCGAAUAAGCCAACUAUGAAGACAAAGAAAGUUUCAUGUAAUUUCUGUGAAGUAGUAUGCUCAAGUUGGGAACAUAUGAAGAGACAUGCCAUAAAUCAUGUUUAUGACCAGUUGUAUUGUCGUCAUUGUCGCAUCAAUUUAGAAGAUUCGGAUUCCUACAAGACCCAUAUGAACUCUGUACACAAUGUGUUGAGUACUGAAAAUUGGUAUUCCUGUAACAAAUGUUCUUUUACAACAUCAAGUAUUGCAAUUUCCAAGAGGCAUAUGUCAAAGCACAGUAAUAACAAAAAUAUGUCAGCUUUGCCUAAACGUAAAGUUGUUGAAAGAAUAGUACGUAGGAAGGAGAAGAUAUCAUAUUUGAGAAAUAAUGCAUCUUCACUAGAGCUUUCAAGCAGUGAACAGUCCAGUGUUAUGAAAAGCCACAGUUUUGAACACAAAAAACGCAAAAUUGUGUUCAACAAUGAAAUGAGCUUUAAGAAACAUAAUAAGAUUCACAAAGAUCAGAUUGUGCACACAAAUACAAACAGAAAAACAUCUAAAGAAGGAAUCUUGAAAUGGAUGUUUAAGUGUAAUAAGUGUAUUUAUCAAUGCGACAAAAUCAAAUCUUUACAGGAGCAUAAUAAACUUAAUCAUAUUGAUCAAGAGGUGCCCUUUACAUGUACAGUGUGUGGUUUUAAAUCUGCCUUACUUAGACUUUAUACCCAACAUCUAAAAUCUCACACUGAGAACAAAAUUUACAACUGUCGCUUUUGUAAGUUCAGCUCUAAGAAAGUGACUUUGUUCAAAAAACAUGUUGCUGGUCAUGGAUUCAAAUGUUGUCCCAUGUGUGUUUAUAAAUCUGAAGGGUUUUCUAGGUUGAAAGAACAUAUAGCUAAACAACACAAGCCUGGAAAUGAACCUUUUGUGUGUAGUCUAUGUCCAUAUAAUACCCGCUAUAAAAACAAAUUGAACUCACACUUUCUCAGAUUUCACCCAAAGGAAAAUACUUUAAUGAAUUUACCCUUGCUCUCACAAUCCUUGCAGACUAAAACAAAAAAAACUGUGAAAUAUCAUACAUGUUCAUUCUGCCCCUUCAGAUCUUACAGAUCUUAUGAUUUAAAAAGGCAUAUCAUGCGACACUUUAGUAACAAAUCAAAUAGUGGUAAAAUACCUAGAUUAAAGCAAAUAAAUCACAUUCUGACCCGACCCAUAGUCAAAUGUGACCCACAUCAACGAAAUAAUAUAAAGCCUAAUCAUAAAAGUAUUACUGGUGAUGCUAAAAGUUACAAUUAUUAUUAUUCUUGUUCCCAGUGUAGCUACAAAAACAAAUAUAGAAAAACUGUUUCUGCACAUUUACUCCGUAUUCACGAUAUUAGAGGAGGUAUACGAAACAAUAUGAUUGUGAAAGUUAAUGGAAGCAUGUUAGAAAGUAAAAAUCAUAUAGUGAAAAAUAGAGGUAGCAUGUCCAAAAACAAAGAAGACAAACCAAACAUAAUUAGAGACAGAGAUCAGACUAUUGAUAAAAGAUGUAAACCAGAUACAGCACAGACAAAAUUAAUGGACAAUUGCAGUAUGUGUGAUAUACGUAAGCUAUCACGCCUUGCCCAAAUAGAGCAUAGAAAGUAUGGACAUAGGACAUUUUGGGCAAAACCUUAUUCUUGUAAUAAAUGUGGCAUGCGGUUUACUUCUACAAAUGCCUUAAAAAGACACAUGAAAAAUGAGAAUAAAGAGUACUUAUUUUGUAAGUCAUGUAAUUUCAAGUCACAUAGACGAGACUAUUGGAGGAAACACAUUCAAGUAUGUAGAAAACGAACAGAAUCUAGAAGAUGUGGAGGUGCCAAAAUGUCAGAUGAAGAACCUUUAACUUGUGGUGAAUGUGACUUUAAAACAACAGAUAUAACUAAAUUUUCUACGCAUAUGUUCAUUCACACAGGUAUUUCAGAUGACUAAUAAUAGUUUACAUUUGAUCCUUUAGUGUGUAUAUUUCUGUUUUGUCUUUUAAUUAUAAAAUUCUGAUUUUAGAUUUAGUUUGAAUAAUAUAAGGAUUAUAAUUAUUCAUGUAAAAAUGUGUUAAAGCCUUUAGCUGAAUAUAGUAUUUCUGGAUAAGGAUAACUAUUAA